AGAUAAUCUCUAGCCUACCCGGUACUUGCUACUGGAAAAAAGUUUUUGGUUUUGGUUUGGUCAAUCUAGAAUUAUCAUGGACUAUUUAGGGUUAUCUCAGGUCGAAACGCUUCAGUUCUCACCUUAACCGUGCAAAUCGCAGCAAAUACUUGAGGGAUAUCGUAAUCCGUCCAAGUUCGUCUCUUAGACUCUUCACUUCCCGCUCAAUUUGAGAGAAGGUAAAGUCGGAGAGAGAUUCCGAAAUGGGAAAAGCAGGGCGAAUCAGUCGUGGAAGAAAAAUGAGAAGGCGUAUCAAAAUCAAACAGCUAGUGAAGUCGACGGCUACGAUCGGAUUAGAUAGCAUGAUCAUAAGUCCAGUUGUAAAGAAGUAUUGGUUUCAAAGAUAUAAUUUGUUUUCGUUGUAUGAUGAGGGUAUUCAAAUGGAUGAAGAAGGAUGGUAUUCAGUAACUCCUGAAGAGAUUGCUAUUAAACAUGCUGAAAAAGCUGCUGCUACUGCUGCUGGUGGUGGUGGUGUCAUUAUUGAUUGUUUCUCUGGUGUUGGUGGUAAUUCCAUUCAAUUUGCAAAAAAGUGUUCCAACGUUAUUGCCAUUGAUAUUGAUCCUCAAAAAGUUGCAUUAGCUAAUAGUAAUGCAAAGAUAUAUGGAGUUGAGGAAUAUAUUGAUUUUGUUGUUGGAGAUUUUUUUCAACUUGCUUCAUCCCUUAAGGGAGAUGUGGUGUUCCUUUCCCCACCAUGGGGUGGUCCAACUUAUACUACUGUUGAGAAAUUUACCCUUGAUCUACUGCAGCCAAAAGAUGGGUACUCAAUAUUCCAAGCAGCUCAGAAGAUAACACCUAAUAUCAUAAUGUUUCUACCUCGUAAUGUGAAUCUACAUCAAGUGGAGGAGCUAUCUUGGUUAUCAUCUCCACCGCUUAAUCUUCAGAUUGAAGAGAACUACGUAGAAGGGCGUUUAAAGGGUAUAACUGCUUACUUUGGCGAUACUGCAUCCACGAGCACCGAGUUAUGGAAGUCAGACGAACCUGAUGCAAAGCGUCUAAUGGUCACUAAGGGUUCUCGACCCCCUUUGGAUCAUUCUGGUGAUGGUUUCAAGGCUAGGACACCUAAUCCCAUUGAUGGAGCAGAGGUUGUAAAGUCCAUAUCAGAAAGCGCAGGGACAAAUCUUGUCAAACCUUCCUAUGGAGUGACAAACACCUCCAACCACACUUUGUGUGGGAAUGCCGACAUUAACGCGUUUCUUGACUUUCAAGGCGCUGAUUUAAGCAAGGAGCGCCGAACUGCUGUGUAUAAGUCAUUACGUGAAGGUGUACCAGUUUUGGGUUCAUCCAGAUCUUGCAGACUUGUACAAGAUGAUGAUCGUAUUGGCAUGCGGCCACAUUCCCUCAUUGGCUGUUGUCAAGAGCGCAGAGGUUCUUGUCAUUCUAACACACAAUCUUCUGAAAGUAAUCCGCGACAUGCGUUAUGCAGAGGAGGCAGGGGUAGUGACUUUAUCUGAAGAUACCAUUGCUCAUUGGAAGGACAAGGUUGAGGAUGCCGAGAGCUUGAAGUUCAAUGUAGGGUGGGUGCGCGAGGUUUUUGAUGGCCUCAAGACAAGAAGGGAGUCUGGAAGAUCCCUGGGUUCAAUUAUAGAGCGUCUCAGGCUAGAGGUGGAUACUGCUAAAAAAGAUGUUCGCGUCCUUAGUUUGAAGACGAGAAGUGCACAUGCUGCGAUGGUGAAGGCGUGCGUUGAUGCUGGCAAAGCUCGGAAUGCCCACAAUGAGGGCAAAAAAAUUCUGAGUCGUCUCCAAGCCGCAUUGAAAGAGAAUGAAGAAAAGUUUGUAAAGUCUUACAAGCACCGACCCAGAGAGGGCAUGGUCCAGAACUUGAGGAAUUAUUUUUGUCUUUAAGAAUCUGCUCUCUCUACUUUCAGCCAUUGUUCCAUGUAAAUUCAGGGCUCAUAUAAUCUUCUUUUGUUCGCUUAAUGUUAAUCUGGUUAAUUACUUGAAGCAAUUUACUUC